AUGAAAAAAUCACGGCCCCUGAACGGCACCAGUUCGCAGCGACAACCGAACCCCAUACCCACGAGUUUCGUCCCAUAUUUGGCAUCCGUGUAUGGAGAUCGGAUGAACUUCGUGGAAAGGAUGAUGAAUUUCGGCUUCACCUGGGCCGUGCAAGCCACGAGACAAAGAUGGAUAAGGUCGGAGCACCACAACUUGGUUCUGGUUUCUAAUAAGGUUAACCCCGGUCCAACCAUGCCUAACAUGAUAGAAAUCGGAGGAGCUCAUUGUCGACCCCCGAAAAGACUUCCCAAAAACUUGAAAACCUGGUUCGACAAGACGGGUGCCGGGAAUGUGAUCUUUUUCAGCAUGGGAAGUGCUGUUUCCUCCAACAACUUUCCCAAACAAAAGUGGCAAGCCUUUGUGCAAGCUUUCCAGAGGGUCUCUAGAACACUCGAGGUGAGAAUUUUGCUCAAAUGGGACGGACAAGUCGAAGAACUGGCUGAGGAUGCAAAUUUCCUCGUCCUUCCCUGGAUUCCCCAGCAAGACGUGCUCGGGCACGAGAAAGUGAAAUUAUUCAUCACUCACGGGGGUCUGCUCAGCAGUCAGGAGACAACCUUUCAUGCGGUACCCAUCUUGGGGAUCCCAGUGGGUGCGGAUCAGAUGAUGAACCUCAAGAGGAUCUCUGAUGCAGAUGCUGGCAAGAUGUUGCUUUGGGGCGACAUAACAACCCAGAGACUAGUAUCUGACAUCACAGACGUCCUCACAGACCCCAAGUAUGCAAAAGCAGCCAAACAAAGGUCAGCCAUAAUGAAAGACAGGGAAGAAGAACCAGCAGCAAAGGGCGCCUUCUGGAUAGAAUACGCCAUCCGAAACCACGGGGCGCCACACUUACGGUCUGCGGGAAGAUUCCUUCCCUGGUACCAAUACUACAUGCUGGACGUCUACAUGGUCAUCUUUGUCGCUUUUUACUUGCUUUUCUUCAUUUUCAAAACGAGUAUUCUUCUGAUGAUUAAAAUAUGCGGGAAAAUUGUCCCACUGUUGAAAGAAAAAAAGGAGUGAAUAAAGGUUUGGAAGGAUUCA